GUCAAUCUUAUAUGCUUGGUAAAAAACAGGGAAUAAAUAUUAAAGAUAAAAACUGACUUGACUUUUGUUAAAAUAACUUUCUUUCCGAUUUUCCAGAUUUUGUGGUGCAUAUAUAGCUUGUACAAGCUAUGUACCAAAAAAACCUAGAAAUUGAAAAGAAAGUUAUUUUAACAAAAAUCAAAUCAGUCCUUAUCUCUAAUAUCUGUUUUCUGUUUCUUAUAUUUUUUAUUGUGCGGGAACUCUUAUGCUAUGCUUAUAUAAUAAAUGAAUAAAGAAUUUUGAUGACAAUGGAACGCAGUAACAAUAUAUAUAUAUGCAAAUAAUUGUUAUCUUGAUUUAUGAAUGAGAUGUCUGAUAAUGUUAUCAGCAUCACAAAAAAAAAAAAAAAUAGAUAUAAUCUUGACUAUAAAAUGCUCUUCUUUGAAUGUUCUUAUUUUAAUUGCGACUAAAAAGUUAUAUCGUGUGUCAAGUGUGCCUGAAAAGUCUGUUAAUUAUAAAAAUAAUUGUGAAUAAUCAUGUGUAUCUUGUUUAUUUAUCGCAAUCCCAAUGCCUUUAUUAAAUCUUAUCGACUGAUAGUUGCAACGAAUCGAGAUGAAACAUAUAAGCGUCCUGCAUUAUCUGCUCAUUAUUGGAAAAACCAUCCUGAAUGUUUAGGAGGUAUUGACAUGGAAUCUGGUAAGGAAGGUGGAACUUGGUUAGCUUUGUCAAUCAAAGGAAAAGCUGCUGUUAUUUUAAAUUUAGUUAAUAAAGAAAAUAAAAUUAAUUCAUCAAAGAAAAAUCGUGGUUUUUUGAUAAAGAAUUUUAUUACUUCCAAUGUUUCUAUAGAAACAUAUUUGAAUCAAUUACAUGAAGAAAAUGUGAAUGGCCAACCAUACAAUCCUUACUGUUUGAUUUUACUAGACUUAAACAAUGCAAAUACGUAUUAUUUAAGCAGUGAUACAAAAUCUACUGGACCCAAAAUGUGUGACAAUGAUAUUAUAGGUAUCGGGAAUAGUGGAAUAGAACGUUCUUAUAAAAAAGUUGAAGUAGGAAAAGAGGAAUUUAAACAUAUUGUACAGAAUGCAAAUGUAUCAAAACAAAAUACUCUUAUCGAAGAACUUAUUAGUUUCCUAAAAUCACAGACAAAAUGUCUACCAGAUCCUGAAUUACAAAAAAACUAUCCGACAAUAUAUGAAGAGCUUAGUUCAAUUUUUGUUUCUGGAAAUGAAUAUGGUACAAGGACACACUCUAUAUUAUUGAUUAAUGGUUCAAAUCAAGUAACAUUUGUUGAAGAAACUCUUAUGUCUGAUUUGACAUGGAAGCGACAGCAGUUUGAAAAUGAAUUAAUAUACUCAUAAUGAAUUAUGAAUAUAUUCAUAAUUCAAUGAAUUAAUAUAUGAAUUAAUAUAUAUUAAUAUAUAAAUGAAUUAAUUAAUAUACAGUAAUACUUAUUGAUAUUUAAUAUAAUAUGCUAGAAUAAAAAAGAAUUCGAUUUUUUUCUUUAUGAACUU